AUGCUGAGCCGACUUGCAUGUUCAUUUGCGGGGUGUCCUGAAACCUUCAAAUCUCAAUGUGGACGGACAAAGCACAUUCGAACCUAUCAUGGUUCUGUUGAUGCCAUCCCCGAUCCAACCACUGCUGACUCAAACCCUCAUUCCGACUCGGACCCCCAAGAUUUCAAUUUCAAUUUCGACUGUGACCUCAUCAGUGAUGACUAUUUCGCUGAUCACAAUGAUCACGAUCCUCACUCAGAAGGACACUCCAAUCCACAUCAAUCACAGUACAUACCUCACCCACAUCUCCGUGAGGAGAUGUCUGCCCCCAACAUUGAUUUUCUGAUGGAGUUAUGGGCAUUCAAAGCGGCCAAGUACGAAGAGGACAGCCCAUUCAAAUCUCACUGUGAUGUAUAUGCCACAAUCGAUGCGAUCCGUGCGGGUGACGUGCCUUGGCAAUGUUUCUCUGUAUCACUGCAACAUGACCUUGACUCCGACAUGCCCCGGUGGCAACAGACUGAUUAUCAAGUAUGGUAUCGAGAUCCCGAUGCCAUCAUACAGGCCAUGCUGGCAAAUCCUGACUUUGAUGAGCAGUUUGAUUAUACCCCAUAUGUUCAUUAUGACCAGUCGGGGAAGCGGUGUUGGAAGGAUUUCAUGUCUGGCAACUAUGCGUGGCGCAAGGCCGACACCAUAUAUGAGAAUGACCCAUCAACGGAAGGAUCCAUGUAUGUUGGAGUCAUCCUUGGAAGCGACAAGACAAUGGUAUCCAUUGCCACUGGUCAUGUUGAGUAUCAUCCAUUGUAUUUGUCGAUCGGAAAUCCACACAAUUGUGUCAGGCGAGCUCACCGUAACGCAGUCACUCCCAUCGGGUUUCUUGCCAUUCCAAAGGCUGAUCGCAAAUAUGAUAAUGACGUUCAAUUUCGAACCUUCAAGUGCCAGCUUUAUCAUUCAUCCCUGGCAGCCAUCCUUAAGUCACUUGAAGGUCCAAUGACGAAGCCGAUUGUCCGUCGAUGCCCCGAUGGACAUUUUCGUCGAGUCAUCUAUGACUUGGCAGCUUUUAUUGCCGACUAUCCUGAACAAGUGAUGCUUGCUGGAAUUGUGCAAAAUUGGUGUGCGAAGUGCACUGCACUGCCUGAGGAUCUCAAUGGGAGCACUGCCGAGCGUCGUACUCAAGAAUAUACCAAUGCGCUAGUCGAAACUUUCAAUUCGGAUGCGUUGUGGGAUCAGUAUGGGAUAGAUGAUGAUAUUGUGCCUUUUACAAACGAUUUUCCACAUGCCGAUAUACAUGAAAUGCUGUCACCAGACCUCCUUCAUCAAGUUAUCAAGGGAUGCUUCAAGGAUCAUCUGGUUACUUGGACGGGCGAGUAUCUGAAGGAAGUCCAUGGUGAGGCACGUGCCAAUGAGAUCAUUGAUGAUAUAGAUCACCAAAUUGCUGCAACACCAGCAUUCCCUGGCCUGCGAAGGUUUCCCGAAGGUCGCCGCUUCAAACAAUGGACCGGGGAUGACUCGAAGGCAUUAAUGAAGGUAUACAUCCCUGCAAUUGUGGAGUAUGUUCCUCCCCAGCUUGUUGCAUGCCUCAGCGCAUUCCUGAAUUUUUGCUACCUUGUACGACGGUCCGAACUUGGAGAAGACUCUUUGGCCGAAAUAAAACAGGCCCUACACCAUUUUCAUGAGGCCCGUGAGAUUUUUCGUGACUCUGGGGUCCGGCCAAAGGGUUUCACACUGCCACAUCAGCAUUCAAUGGUACACUAUAUCUGUCUGAUUCAAGAAUUCGGUGCUCCGAAUGGCCUAUGCUCCUCAAUCACCGAGUCUCACCAUAUCACGGCAGUCAAGAAGCCAUGGCGUCGAUCGAAUCAGUAUGAUGCGCUUGGGCAGAUGCUGCUCACAAACCAGCGUCUUGACAAGCUCAUGGCUGCAUAUGUUGACUUUGGUAUCGAGAAUGGUGCACCAGACAUUGAAAGAGUCCAAGGAUCAGUUGUUUUGGCACGCAGCCCUCAACGUGGCUAUCCUCGGACACUCAAGACACUCGCAGCACAUCUCCAGCAGCCCAACCUUCCUUUACUUGCUCGCGAGUUCCUUUCCAGCCAAUUGAACCCUGGAGCAGCUCUGAUCGACUGGAACGACUUACCACGGAUCGACGGUCCAAUUGCUGUGUUUCAUUCUGCCGUGGCUACUUUCUCGGCAUCCAGUGAUGUCUCUGGGACCCACGGCAUGCAUUGGGAGUUGAUUUGUUGCACUCCAUUGUGGCGUCGCAAGCAUCCACAUCAUGAUUGUGUCUUUGUGGUUGAAGACCAGGAAAAGGCUGGAAUGAGGGGUAUGAUUAUUGGGAGGGUCAAGCUAUUUUUUUCGUUUGCUUUUAAGGGUGUGACAUACCCUUGUGCAUUGAUUGACAGGUUUUCACGGAUGGGGAGAGGCCCAGAUUCGAUUACGGGCAUGUGGAAGGUGAAGCCUGAGGUGUUCGGGCAGCAUAGGACUCGUGUUCAGUCUGUCGAGCAUGUUGACACAAUCCUUCGAAGUGCUCAUCUCAUCCCCGUCUUUGGCAGCGGUCCCCUCCCCGAUGGUUUUCAUUUUGCUCAUUCUCUUGACGUGUUCAAUUCUUACUAUGUAAAUAAGUAUGCAGAUCAUCAUGCACAUGAAAUUGUGUUCUGA